CCCUGAACCACCGAGCCAGUCCUGCUCACCCGCACGCUGCAGAGCCGCCACUUCACAGCCCCGUGCACCACGACGACUCUUACUAAGUCUUUCCUGCAGAGAAUUUGCGCAUCGCCGCUACAACGAGCCGGCACUCUUCCUCGCUCACUCGUCCUACCGCGCCAAGACAGCCGCUGCGGUCCAACGGCUUGCAUCAUCGUCGACCGCACCACUGCGCCGCCCAACGCGACCCCAACCGAUCCACCGACCCUUUGUGCGGCCGUCUUCGCGUCCGACUCAGCUAUCCCAGCACACAGCAGCGCGCACCGUCCCGCUGCACUGAGCUCCAUCUUCGACCAUGUCGAAGGUAGUGAGGAGUGUCAAGAAUGUCACCAAGGGCUAUUCUGCGGUUGAGGUGAAAGUCCGAAAUGCGACGAGCAACGACCCGUGGGGUCCGGUGGGCUCCGACAUGGCCGAGAUUGCUCAGAUUACCUUCAACAACUCGACCGACUUCUAUCAAGUUAUGGAUAUGCUCGACAAGCGGCUCAACGACAAGGGAAAGAACUGGCGCCACGUGCUGAAGUCCCUCAAGGUCCUGGACUAUUGCUUGCAUGAGGGGUCCGAGCUGGUCGUCACCUGGGCGCGGAAAAACAUCUACAUCAUCAAAACACUGCGCGAGUUCCAAUACAUCGAUGAGGAUGGCCGGGAUGUGGGCCAGAACAUUCGUAUUGCCGCGAAAGAGCUUACUUCGCUGGUCAUGGAUGAAGAACGUCUACGUGCAGAGCGGCAAGACCGAAAGUCUUGGAAGUCUCGCGUCACUGGUAUCGAGGAGUAUGGUGGGGGCAAUCAGCAGCAUGGUGGUCCAGCUCCAGAAGGCCGUCGUCGCGAAGGUCGUCAACGUCGCGAGAAUGAAGAAGACCUGGAGUUGAGGUUGGCGCUGGAAGCAAGCAAGAAUGAGGCCGAAGAAGAGCGUAAGCGCCGCGAACGUAACAACGUUACCGUUGAUGACGAUGACGAUCUUCAAAAGGCCAUCAAACUUAGCAAGGAGGAGGAGGAAUUGCGGCGAAAGGAACUUGAAUCGAGCAAUGCCGACCUCCUUUUUGGCGAGACUCCGUCCCAACCCACUGCCUACCAGCCCACGGGCAACAACCAAGGUUACCAGCAGCAAGGCGCAGUAGACUGGUUUGGAAAUUUGAUGGACAACAACCCGCAGCAACAGCCCCAGAGCACCGGCUAUCUCAAUAACGCAUACGCACAGCCUACGGGUUUACAGCCCCAGCAGACGGCCUUCCAAACUGGCUAUGGGGGUUACAAUGGUAUGCCUCAGCAGCAGCAGCCAAACUAUGAUGCCUUCAACCAGCAACAGCAACAGCAGCAGUACCUGCAACCUCAACAAACUGCCUUUGGCCAGAACAACCCAUAUGGCCAGAUGAACAACGGCUUCGGUCAGCAGCAACAGCAGCAAGACCAGAGUACCCUGCAGCCAGGCAACCACAACCCUUGGGCAACCAACAAGCCUCAGGAAUCACUCGUUCCGCAACCUACAGGAUCGAACAAUCCGUUCGCACAAUCGUUCAAUCGACCACAGACUGCCCAACCGCAGCCGACGCAGAGGCAGCCGACGCUUAACACGCUGUACGAACAAAAGACUCAGUCACAGUUCAACAACACGAACUUCAACCCGCCGGUAUCGUUCUCGCCUCCGGCCCAGCAACCUCAAAAGGAAAUGGACCCGAAUGCAGCAAGACUCAACGCUCUGCUUGCAACAGGAGAGGGACAGGAUACAUUUGGAAACGUAGGAAACCUCCGACUUCCGGCACAGCAUACGGCCCCGGGAACGUUUGUCAAUUCGGCAGGUUCCGGUCUGAACCAGAUCAACGCCAACGCUACCGGCAACAAUCCCUUCCUCAACUCGCAGUUUACAGGCAUGCCGCAACAAAAUCGCAUGAUGCCGGCACAGACAGGGCCUGCGGGAGGCUUUGGGGCCAACCCCUACGGCAGCUCCAACCCCUUUGGCCAGGGCAAUAGGCAGCAAGGUGGCGCGGGUGCUGGUCCUUUAAUAGACUUAUAGGGUACGAUGGCUUGUGCAAGAGGAUUGGUUCGUUUCUUUUGUCUGAUAUUCCAGCGCUGCGGAGCAGACAGUCUGAUGGUGCUUCAUCUAUUUCGAACGUUCAUUGGGGUAGGAGUCGAAAAGCUUCACGCAUGCGAAGCCGCGAGUUGGUCCGGCUUCAUCCCAACAUAUGGGGGAUCGGGUGUAGCAUUUUCUGGUUCGCGUAAAGAUAUCUUUGAAUGUAACUUUUCGUGGGAG